AUGUUGGUUUUAUAUGAAACCCGUCCUGUCUCUUCAUUAAACCCUGAUAACAAUAUUGGUUUAUCUGCAACCCUCCCUGUCUCUUCAUACAACCCUGAUAACAAUAUUGGUUUAUCUCCAACCCUUCCUGUCUCUUCAUACAACCCUGAUAAUUAUAUUUGUUUAUCUCCAACCCUUCCUGUCUUUUCACACAACCCUGAUAAUAAUAUUGGUUUAUCUGCAACCCCUCCUAGCUCUUCAAACAACCCUGAUAACAAUAUUGAUUUAUUUCCAACCCUUCCUGUCUCUUCAUAUAACCCUGAUAACAAUAUUGGUUUAUCUCCAACCCUUCAUGUCUCUUCAUACAACCCUGAUAACAAUAUUUGUUUAUCUGCAACCCGUCCUGUCUCUUCAUACAACCCUGAUAACACUAUUUGUUUAUCUGCAACUCGUCCUGUCUCUUCAUACAAACCUGAUAAUAAUAUUGGUUUAUCUCCAACCCAUCCUGUCUCUUCAUACAACCCUGAUAACAAUACUGGUUUAUCUCCAACCCUUCCUGUCUCUUCAUUCAACCUUGAUAACAAUAUUGCAUGGUUUAUCUCCAACCCUUCCUGUCUCUUCAUACAACCCUGA